CAACGCUUUGCUUGAUUUCUUCUCUUCACUAGGUAUUGGCAAUGGCAUUGCCUUUGCCUUUACCCUCCAUAUGAAUCCCAAGUCACACAAUGGCCAACUUGGUUUACAAGUGCGUACAAUAGUCUUUGUCCACAUCAAGCACCAACCCUGAAAUUCUACAUCCUAGUAAACAACAAAGAAACUCUUUUAGAGUCUGACUUUGCUGAGACUCUGCUUUAAAUCUUGGUUUACAACGACAAUUACAGACAUUUUUGGGCAUCAAUAGUUUCCUAGUUCCCAUCGCUCAAAGCUUUGUACUUGUCUUGUUCCUCAUCCUUUUUAAUCUUCCGCAAAUGGAAGCCAUUGCCAUUCCAUCUGAUUAACUCGGAUAUGGUUUCAAAUCGUUCGGAUGGCUCUGGAAAAGAUCGCUUAAGGUGGACACAAGAGCUACAUGAUCUGUUCGAAGUGGCAGUUAACAAACUUGGCGGCCCUGACAGGGCAACACCGAAGGGCAUAUUGAAGGCUAUGGGUGUUUCUGGACUCACCAUCUAUCAUGUUAAAAGCCACUUACAGAAAUAUAGGAUCUCAAAAUUUAUUCCAGAGUCGACCAACAGAGGCAAGUCUGAGAGGAAAAAUCUCUCUGAAUUAUUCCCAAAUUUUGGCACAACGUCCUUGGCUCAACUGAAUGAAGCUUUACGAAUGCACAUGGAAGAACUGUGCAAACUGGAUGAUCAAACUGAGGUUCAAAGAAGCUUGAAGCUUAAAAUGGAAUCCCAAUCAAGAUUUUUCGACAGAAUUGCAGACGAUCAUCGAAACAGGGCAGCGAUUACUGCAAAAUUCAAUUACAAGCCUUCCUCAUCAUCUUCAGCAUCAUUGCCUCCACUAGAGGAGUCAGAGUCUAAUGCUAAAGAAUUUGAAUCCGAUUCGGAUGGUGACGUAAAUCAAAUACAAUCCGAAGAAUUUCAAGCUCUCAAGAGGAUGAAGAUGACCCAAUACAAUGAUGUUUCCAGUACUCCAUUGUUUAAAGUGUCAGAAGUUUCAUAUGGUGCUCAUGAAGGUAUCAGCUUUCCUUGGAGUAAUAUUGCAUCCUGCCCUUCGCCUUUAGUGCCUAGCUUUUUCUAGCUUUGCUUCAAAGAAUGUGA